CACCAUUGAGUUGCUAGUCGAGAUCCUUACAAUAUAAUAAUCGUGCAAAAAAGCAUACUCUGGGAGAAAUGUACGGAUCAUUAAAGUCUUUUUUAAUGAAAAACAAUUCUCGAUAUGGUUGCCUAUAUUGUCUGUACAUACAAAAAAAUGUGUUAUUCCACUCUAAAUGUUCCCCUUUUUUCUUUCUUUUUAGAAGUCAAUAUAAAACCUGGGUGUAUCUACCUUGCUUGGUAACUAAAAUAGUAGAAAUAUUUAGAGCUUAUGUUCCUUUAAUAAACCAAAGACUUUUCCAAUUUUUUUAACAUGAAGUAUAGUUCCGGACAUUUUGAAGCGAAGGGUGCUAAUGGAAUAUAUUUUAUUUGAAUAUAUUUUUCUAUUUUAAAGACCCUUCGAUUCUGUAGCAAAUUGAUUGCUUGAGCAUACAUACAUCUUUGAGCAUUUGAUUCAAAAAGGAGAAAAAAUGCUUGCUCUAAUUCUAUUACAAAGAAGAAGAAGACCAUCAGUUGUUGUUAAAGUGAAUACAUUCCUGUCAUUGCCGUGUUUGGCGCAAAAAACGUAGAUGGAAGCGCAACGAGUAAAUUUCUUUGAAGAAUAUUUCAUUUAACAAAAACUGAAGAUAUAUUUCUAUGUGAAUUAGUUAGUUUGGUUUGCAUAAUGAGUUUUAUAUCAGGAAGAGGACGCACUACGAGACAAAGUGGUAAAAACGAAAGGCAAAGUAACAUGUCGUCUAAAUUAAAAAAUAAAAGCAAACCCCGAACAAUUACUUAUUCCCAAAGUGAUACGGAUUUUAGUAUAGUGAACGUUACUGGAUUGGAUUCCGAUGAAGAAGCAGCAGUUUCACUGUCAACGUUAAGGCUUUCAGGCAGUAAGGCAGAUUCUAGAAGAUCUUUACAUGACUGCGAUGAUAAAAUUAACGAGAAGAAGGAUGCAUUGGAGAGUGUUGAUGAGGCAAUGGACGUUCUACUUCCUACAAACCCCCGUUUGGACGAUUUGGAAUUGCUAGAGGAAGAAGUGAGAGUUAGUGGAAAAGUGUUAUUCGGCUUCAACACACCGAAAAAGAAAAAUAGCAUGGCGUUGGCUGCCUUAAGCACACCAAGUGCCCAAAAAGGACUUAGUACUCCUAAGUCGAGAGGAAAAUAUUCAGCCAGCAUACCUGAAACGCCUGCAUCAACAUCAAAAGCAACUCGUAAAUCUUUUUUGGUGCCGAAAACUCCUUCACAUAUUAGAAGUAGAGUUAAAAGACAUAUAAGUAAGGUUUUGGACGAUAGUGCGGACAGCGAUUUUUCCGUAGAUGAUAGCGAAUUUGAGCUUUCCGACACUGAAUCCAGUAGUGAUGAAGAAGAGUCCUCUACAGCAGAUGAUGUCCCCAAAACUCCCUCUAAAAACAAAAAAGGCUUCCCUAUUAUCAUACCAGUGCUACCGAAAACACCGUCAGCUUUACGGUCACGUUCCGCUUUCGCUAAGGGUAAAACACCUUCCGAUUACAUACCCGAAAGUGAUGAGUACUUUCAAAAACGCUCCAGCAGUAAAAUUCAUACCUCCGAUCAUACCUUAGAUCGUUUGAAAAAUCCUCGCUUAUCUACCGAUCGUUUAUUUGCUUUGCUAUCUGAUAUGAAGCUUUCUGCCGAGCAUGAACAAUCGAUAAACGAUAUGAUCGCAGAGUAUAAAUCCAAUUUCACAAAAUGGCUUUACUUACUGCACGAAGGCUUUAAUUUGUUAGUAUAUGGUUUAGGCUCAAAACGCCAAUUGCUCUUAUCGUUUCAUAGAGAAAUCUUAGCUGAGCAACCAGUUGUGGUAAUAAACGGCUUCUUUCCUAGUCUAACUUUGAAAGAUAUCUUAGAGGGCAUUGCAAAUAAUAUCUUAGAUCUAGGCAUCAGUCCAACUAAUCCUCAUGAAACAGUAGACAUGAUAGAAGAGGAAUUUGCUUUAAUACCUGAAACGCAUUUGUAUCUCAUAAUACAUAAUUUGGAUGGUCCGAUGCUAAGAAAUAGUAGAAGUCAAACUAUUUUAUCGAGAUUGGCUAAAGUAGCAAACAUUCACUUGAUAGCCUCUAUCGAUCACAUAAACACAUCAUUAUUAUGGGAUAACACGAAACUUAGUAAUUUUAAUUUUACAUGGUGGGAUUGCACGACCAUGUUACCUUAUACAGACGAAACGGCGUACGAAAAUUCAUUACUAGUACAAUACACUGGUGAAUUGGCCUUGUCAUCGUUACGCAGUGUUUUCUUAUCGCUAACGGCAAAUUCGAAAAAAGUUUAUAUGAUUAUUGUUAAGCAUCAGUUAAAACACCAGCCAACGGCUAAUUAUCAAGGCAUGCCUUUUAAAGAUUUAUAUUGGAGCUGCCGUGAGUCAUUUUUAGUUAGCUCCGAUUUAGUGUUGCGUGCUCAGCUCACCGAAUUUUUAGAUCAUAAGUUGGUGAAAUCCAAACGCAGUGUUGAUGGAACUGAACAGCUAAUCAUUCCUAUUGAUUCGUCUCUACUGCAUCAAUUUAUGGAUGAGCAAGAAAAGAAAUGACUUGUAAUAAUCCUAAAAUAUAUCAUUGUAUUCUAUUUUAAUUGAAGCUGAU